AUGUGUUGUGAGGAAGAUAAAGAGUGCAAAGAAGGAUCACCAGACUUGCUACUGGAUCUGUCCUAUGAGGAGAGGUGGGCAAGCUGGAUCUGCUUUCCUAGAGUUUCAAAGAAUGAGAGGUUUUGGAAGCUCUGGAAUAUUCCUUCCAUUCUUGUAAGGUCAUGUACCUCACUGUCUGCGAGUUUGCAUCCUGGGGGAUGUUCCCCAGAUCUGACUGAAGGGCAUUCCAAACAAUUAAUGAAUGAUGUUCGGUCGAAGCUAGAGGAAAUCGUUGGUGCGUCUAAAAACUGGAGUGAACAUCUCCAAUCUCUGAAGGAAAGAGCUUCAUUAAGCAAUCAACUGGUGAGCAAGCAGGAGGAUUUGCCUUAUCGACGAAUGAAGGACAGUUACCUAGAGGCUUAUCUGCCAUUGGGAAGCCAACCCAACUUGAGAGAGAAAUACCUGAAUGUUCAUAAGCAUGUAAGAUUUGGCAGGAUUCUUGAAGACCUUGACUCAUUUGGAGUUUUGAUUAGCUAUACUCAUGCCAAAACUGAUAGUCCUACAAGUCACUUUUCUAUUGUCACUGCCCUUGUUGAUGAAAUAGAUCUUGUCAGAAAGAAAAUACGACCAGACUGCGACCUGAAAUUCACUGGUAAUGUCACCUGGGUCGGGAAGAGUUCCAUGGAAAUCCAGAUGCAUGUAUCUCAGUAUCACGAUGAUGUUUACAAUCCCGUCUUAGAUGCUACUUUUGUGAUGGUUGCACGAGAUCCUGCAAAUAAAGGUGCAGCUGUAAUUAAUCCAUUGAAACCUGAAGGUCCGGAGGAGGAGAAUCUCUUUAAACAAGGAAACUUGAACAAAGCAAAACGAACUAAGCUAAAGGAGACCUCAUUAUUGAAAAUAGCACCGAAUGAGGAAGAGAGAAAAAUUAUUCACGAUAUGUUCCUUGGGACUCUGGAUAUGCGGACUAUAAGCUUCCACAGUCGGAUAUUACCAGAGAAUUCAGUGUGGAUGGACCAAACAAAGCUUAAAAGUCUAGAGAUAUGUCAUCCGCAGAGGUCAGCUUGGAAAGUCCACCACCAGAAGUGCAUACAAGGUCAAUUUAGUUAAAUCCAACAUCUUAGCUUGAUUCUAAUCUCCAGUCCUCUUCCCUGGUGAUCAGGAUUUGGGUCCUGGUUUCUCUUUUGCUUGCUCUCACUGUUAACUCUGCUGUUUAGUGCUUUUUAAUGUGAUUUUUAUUCAUUUCUCUCUUAUUUAAAUUAACUAGUUUUUUGCUUGGGAAUUGAUUUUUGUUCUGAAAUUAAUGUUUACAGUUGUGCCAAAGUUUUAUCAUUCUGAAAUUUGCACACUGACUCCCCCCAAAUGAGAAAAAAAAAUUGACAUUUUGACCCAUGUGAAGAGGUUGGACAAUUCUGAUAGCAGCCAUUAGUAUCAUCAAGAAAAGCAAGUCCCAACAGUGAGCUCUGAGGAACUACUCUACUCCAGCCUGAAAAACAUCCAUUACUA